AUGGUCGCGGGGCAGGUCCGGCACUUGCUCUUGCAACAGCCUUUUUACAGAUCUCAAGAGUUGUCAGAAAAAAGGGAGCCAUCGCAGGGUGAAAUAAUGGGAGCUAUUGAAUUGGAACUUCGUUGUCCGAAAAUUGUUAAUGGGAUAGCUGCUGAUCCCCAACCAGAUUGGAGUAUUGACAACUUACUCUCGGAGCUUGAUUCUAUAUACCAGAAGCAAGAUGUGGCUCCAGAUUUUGCUGGACCUUUUACCAAAACACGACCUACAGCUUCUAGAGACAAUUCUCAUCUUGCCCGAGGCUUUCUUAUGCACGUGUCCGAUGAAAGUGGGUCAAGCGACACUGAUGAAGAUUGUGAACAGGUGCCCAGUAGUUCUUCCAUGGUUUCUGGGAGAAGAUUUGUUUGUGAUGAGCUCUACAUGAGUGACGUUUCUGAUAGUGGGUGUCCUAUGAUGGAUACAGUGAGCUUAGCUGAUGGUGCUCUCCAUGAGCUAAUCGAUGAAUUUCAGCUAGCUAUAACAGAGGAAGUGAGAUCCAAAAUAUCGUCUUUGGAGACUCGGCUGCUCUGUGAAAAUGAAGAUUUUGACUCAUCAACAUCUAAAAUAGUCAAGCAGAGAGAAUUACAGCAGGAAAGGGAAAGGAAGUUCGAUUUGCAAUAUCAACGCACAAUUGCAGAAGCACUUGAUAAUCACCUUACCGCUGUGCAGAGGGAUCAUGAGCACAUAUCCCAACUAGAAGAAAGAAGAAUAAGAGAUGAUGCUGCUCGCGUGGAGGCUAAAAGAAAAGAGAAGGCUAUUCAGGAAGAAAAAAUGCGACAAGAAAGAAUUAAAGCAGAAGAAGAGGAAAGACUAAAAGUUGAAAGGGCCGAGAGAGUUAAAGCAGCAGCAAUAGAAGCUGAGAAGAAAGCUGCAGAAGAAGCUGCAUCCAAACGUGCUGCUGAAACCUUAAGACAGAAUGCUGAAAAUGUAGUGCAAGAUUCUAAGGGAACUCUUGGGCUAUCCAAUUCUGCAUUUGAUGUUAAGAAAGGAGCGCAAUCAUCAGGAAGAAAUGUUAUAAGAGCUUCAGAAAAUGCUCUUAAGUUGGAAAAACAAAGAAGUCAGAUUUAUGGAGAGUUGUUGGCAGAAAACAAGGCUUUUAAGGAGAGCGCAAACCAGGACUAUCAGAGACAUGGACAGAUUAUUGGAAGACAGAUUAAAACAGUAUCAGCUACAGUAGAAAAUGUGAGAACAAGAGCAGAAGAAUUAUUGAAGCUAAUUAAUAGUCCGCGCUUGCCUCAACCCAUCAGUAUUCAGUUAUUUGCUGAAAAGAUUGUUUCCAACUGUGCAAAUCAGAGGAGCUCCAAUGUCAUAUUUGCUAUUAGCCGCGUAAUUGUUAUUGUGACGUCUAAGAUUCAUCUGGCCGUGGACAUUCUCAUUGCCGAAUUGAAUAGAGUUUGCAUCUAUACAGUCCCGAAGCACAUAAAUUACUCAGAGGAAUCAUUCCAAACCAAAGAUGCUUACUUCAAAGCUAUUGGUUACAAGGAAGAAAAUGGAAUGAUUGAGAGCAUUGAUAAAUUCGUCGAGAGAUUGGAGUGUUACAUGAGGCUCUACGGAGCUCUAGUGCAGACUGAAGUUGGAGGCUUUGAGAACCUGCAUGGACUGAAAGAAGGUUGGGCGUGGCUUGCAAGAGUCUUGAAUGCUCUUCCUGCAAAUCUUUACACUGCUGUGGCACUGCAUUCGUUUCUGGAAAUGGCUGGAUUCGCCCUGUAUAGGCGGUACAGAAAUCAGUUUGAGAAGUUAAUGUGCAUUGUCGCUCGCGACUUUCUCAAUGCACUAAAAGAAGGUGGUUCCGAGUCAUGGAGCGCCAAAGUGAGCAAGGUCAAAGUGUCUAUCCGGAACUACAUAGAGUCGAACCAGUUCAAGAAAGAACCUGAAGGUUUACAACUGAGAGGCCAUUUGGAGUCUAAUGAUUUUUAUUGA